CGGGGUCUGAGCCCCCCCCCCCCCCCGGGUUGCUGGGAAGAGGCUGCGUGCACCAGUCAGCGCUGCUCCAGCUGCUCUGCCCCACUAGCAUCCUUGUGCCUGGCAACCCCUGGGCGCCACCCAAGACGUUGAGGAAGCUGAACCCAGAUCCUUAGCUUGACUCAGAUGCCCUGGGUGGGGAGGGGGAACUCCGGGGCUCCAUGCGUCUUCCUGGCAGGGCUGCUGUUGGCCAAUCGCUGGGGGCAAGGACCAGAGCCACAACCCAUGCCAGCCACACAGAUUGCAAACCAUCCAGUCUUUUGCAAACCCGAGAGCUCUUUCCCAAAGCCAGUUCCAUCCUGCAGAAUGGUGAGUUGCACAAGGUGCAGGCAGCCACAGAGUUGUGACAGAUGUCGGCUGUUCUCGAGCCAGCCAUCUCCAGCCGCUCCCUCCAGUGCAGGACUACAAUCUCCAUCACCCAGCCAGCAACCUCCCUGCUUCUGGGUCAGCCUCCCUGGGGCUUGGCCACCUGUUAGGCAAAUGGGCAUCUUAGCAACAAAGGCUAGACGCACACAUCAGGCUAAACCAUGGUUUACUCCAGAUACCACAACUGAUUUACUGUAAUAAUCUAAGCACCAACCAUAGUUUACAGCCCACCGUGGCUGUGUUCAUGUGAGACACCAAGCCCAAACCAGAUGUACCGCGGUCUGGCCGGACAUUGUGCGAAUGCAAAGUGUGUCUUUGGCUGGGACAUUUCCAAACAGGCUCCCUGCUGAACUCCCCGGGGUGAGGAAUGAGGCAAGCCUUGACCUGGAUUCCCUCGGAAACAGCUGAAGCGAUUUGGAACCGGGAGGCGGCCAGCUUUGUCCCCAGGCUCUUCCUUGGUUGUUCUGCUUCAGACCAGGGCCCCUUCACUGCCUGGGCAAAACAAAGCUGGCUGGCCUCUCCUCUGUGGGGAGCCUGCUUUCUUCGGGACCCCUCCCAAGCCGCCCUGAGAGGAAAUGCCUCCCCCUCGCUGUGGGGCAUGGAAGCAGGACCCCCAGCUUUGGGCUGUCCACUUCAAGGAAUCCUUAGAGAACAGACGUCCUGGAGCCUCUGUUACCCUUCCAAGUGAACGGUCACGAGUGCCCCUGCUCAGCAGGCAGCGGGACACAGAGGUCUCACUGCAGCUGGCCAAGCCAGCCGCUUCCCCAAUCUGGGGCUGCUGGCUGUGCUGGACUCCAACACCCAUAAUCUCUAGGCAGCGUGCUGGUGGAUGUACAGGUGCCACAGACGCAUGGCUCAUGCGAGGGGUAACUCAAAGACAUGCAGGGGAAGGACAGAGAGCGGAGCAAGCAGCCAGGCCUCGACCCAAAGCUGGCCCUGCGCAGAAUCCCCCCUCCACCUCCCACUCCACUCCUCCUCUGUUUCCUGGUCCACCCAUCCUCUUCUUGGCAUUUCAGCCAUUCUAAAACGCAUCACCUUCCCUUGGCCAGGAUCACCCCCCAUUUCUGCCUCAACCAACCCAAAAGAUGCCAGGUGUCUCAUCUCUGCUCCCCAGUGCUGCUGUCCAGGUUACUCCGCAACCCCACCCAGCUUCUUGCACAGCACGCUCAGCCCUUGGCGCUCCUGCGGCUCCUCACGUUUUCCACGUUCUGUUCUAAAACUGGGAGGAUGUUCUAACCCAACACAGUCAUCUUAAAAUCCAAGUUUACUUUCUAUAAUUGAGACAUCACUGGUGCGAGCUCAGGGCUGACUCAGUACUCUGGGCAAGGUGGGCGAGUCUUGAAGUAGCUGAAAUUCAACUGGUAAAGCUCUCAGCAAACCUCCAUGCUUAGAAAGGCUUGACCUAUUGACCGUCCAAGAGUUAAGCAACUGCUUCACAUGGUAAGGAAGAAACAGCAAGCUCUGUGCAACAGCUUUGUGGCUUUGAUGAGCAAACAGCUGCCGGAGCAGAAGUUAUCACAAUGCUGCAGUUUCCCAGAGCGGAGUUUGCAACGCUCCAAUUAAAACACGCACUCAGAAAACACUCAGGAAAGAGCGUCUCCACCCCCUCUAAGGCAGGGCCCUUGCAUCACCGCAGCCAAGGGGCAGAUGGGGGGGCUGGGGCGUAUCUCUUCUCCCCUUAUAUCCAGCGGUUUCCAAGCCGAGGGAGACGCGUGAUGCAUCAGGGCUUGGAGAGAGUCUAGAGGCUCUGCCAAGCCACCUUUGGACUGAGCUCAAGGAGCAGCAGCAUGAAACUAGCGGCCGUCCUCCUCCGCUUGGCCUUGCUGCUCCACGCAGCUGAGGCCCUGCGAAUCUGUGCCUUUAACAUCCAGAGUUUCGGAGAUACCAAACUGUCAGACCAGAGCAUUUCCAAAAUUAUUGUGAAGAUCCUGUCCCAGUAUGACAUCAUCCUAGUACAAGAGGUGCGGGACGCUGAUCUCAGUGCAGUCCAGGAACUCAUGGAGCGACUCAACAGGGCCUCCAAGUACUCUUACGACUACGUGGCCAGCGAGUCCCUGGGCCGGGAGAACUACAAGGAAAUGUAUCUCUUCCUCUACAGGACAAAGAGCUUCUCUCUCAUGGACAAGUACCAGUAUCCCGACCCCGACAGCACCUUCAGCAGGCCUCCAUUCGUCGUGAAGUUCGCUGCUUCUGGUUCAAAGGAGAGCGAGCUGGUGCUGGUGCCCCUUCAUACUUCUCCAAGUCAGGCCGUGGCAGAGAUCGAUGCUCUCUACGAUGUCUAUCUGAAGAUCAUUGACAAGUGGGAGACUGAUCAGAACAUAAUGUUCCUGGGAGACUUUAACGCUGACUGCAACUACGUGGGGAAGACAGACUGGAACUCCAUCCGCCUACGCACCAGCGAGGUUUUUAACUGGCUCAUCCCAGAUGACACAGACACCACCGUGGGCAACUCCGACUGUGCCUAUGACAGGAUUGUCGUGAGUGGCUCAAGACUGAGGAAGUGGAUCGAGCCCAAGUCCGCUAAAGUAUUUGACUUCCAGAGAGCUUUCAAGCUGAGCCAGGAGGAGGCUCUGGCCAUCAGUGAUCACUUCCCAGUAGAAGUGGGGCUGAAGUCCCCCUGAAGCUCCUGCUGCCAGACUGCUCAGCCCAGCGAGGGUGGAUCAAGAGGGGACCUGCCACCCUCCCCCACUCUGCAGGCCCCAGGACCAUGCACCCUGCCUUGCAAGUUGCAUAUGGAUUCCCAGCCACUGGGAUUCCAGCCAGGAACUGGGCUUCUGCAGGAACAGUGUCUUCAAAGGUUCUGGGCUGGAAAUGCUGCCCGGAAUGAACUUGGACUGCCUGCGGGUUACGCAACUGCCCCAUCCGGAGCACGAGCCGCUGCAUCCCACAAGAACUGAUCUUUCCACCCAUGUUUCUGCUGUGUCUCCCCAGGCCCUCACCACCCUCCUCUUUCCAGCCCCCUGCUGAGCCAGAGGCAAGCGGAGGGCACUGGAAAAGCCAGGAUGCCCACUUCCCCAGGCCAGGUCUCCCACCAGCCAACUGGCCAGGCCUCGUCCUUCUACACAUUUGGAGGGCUCCGGGUGGGGAAGGCUGCAGUGUGGUCCUAUAGCAGGUUGGAGGCAUACAGCACAAAUCCUUACUCGGCGACAAAGUCUUUUGAGAACUCUGACACCAUAGCUGUCUCGGCCUAAUCUACCUCAUGUGACGGUGGGUGGUGCAAGUAGGCAGACAGCUUUUGGACAAACAGUAUGAUUAAAAAAAUAGUAACUCAGCAAAAUAGUCAAGUUCCAUGUCUUAAUGGGCAGAGCCAUCCACUCAGAAAACAGCAGAACUCAAAGGAAUUCCUGCUCAGGGUGGGGACUACAGAACUAACAAGCAUCCGUUUAAAAAACCAUCCAAGCUGUUCUGAGAAGGCAAACUUCCUCUGCUCCCAGGUCCCGUAAUUGAGGAGUCAAUCCCUGUCCAAAUAAAGCUGCUUGAACAGCCCUCGAGAACAUGCAAUAUCAUCUCCAAAGGAGAGGCUGCUUUAGAUGCCCCCGCAAAGAAUCAAUCUCUAAGUCUGCAAUCCCCACAGAUUGGGAAAAAAGAGACCAAAGAGAAAAUCACACAAGGCACAAAAAAGGUGGGGCAGUUUCUGGCCGUGACCACCCGCACCAUUCUACACAGAACACAGCCAGAUGCCCCAAUGGUUGCCCUGCUCCCGCCUGUCCUCCUUGGGCAGCCUUCCUGACCUGGCCCAGCCACCCCAGGAGCAGCCCACGGCAGCUCCAAGCCCUGUGAGCCAGUUACGCUGCCGCAGCAGGGUGACGGGCACCAGCCUGCAAAAGGCCAAGCCAGAAAAAGCACUUCCAGGUAGAGCAUGCAUGCUUGCAGGGCCAGAAACGGCGGUCAGGCACAGGCAGGUGCCACAAGAAAGGCGGGAUGGCCUGGGCAGCCGUGGUAGGGGAGGGGCCAGC